AUGUUCAAGAAAUGGGAAGAGCUGGUAGAGAUGGUGCAUAUUCAGAGGCAGCAUUACUCUUUCAUGGAAGACAACUUCAAGUGUAAACCAGAGAUGCUAGAAUACACAAAGUCAAAGUCCUGCAGAAGAAGGCAAAUUCUUGAUUUUUUUAAAGUUACAAGUCAAGGAAGAAGAAUAGAGAAGAAACAUUUAUGCUGUGAUGUCUGUGCUCAAGAUUGUGCUUGUGGACAAGACUGUCCACAAAAUGUGGGAACUAUGGUCUCCAAAAUGACUCUUCCAGCAGCUGAUGAUGCUCCAAGGGGCAGAAGUGUAAGUGAAAGUGAUAGAAGAGCCCUAAAGGGUCUAUUAGAGGAGUGUCAGGAAAGCAUGCGUCAGGCAGUGUUACAAUCAAGUCAGCAUUGUUUUUAUUCAAAUAUUGACCAAAUCACUGGCUUUACUGACCGCAUAAUUGAAGAUACAACCUCAAAGUGUGAUUUUUUGUUUAGUGUUGAUGAUAUUAUUAAACAAAUUCCAGUUUUAAGUGUACAGCAUGCAUUCAAAGUGUAUGAUUGUCUUUGUGAGGUGUUUACAGACCUACAACAAGAAAGUCUGGAGCAGUAG